AUGAACUAUAACAACAGCUAUGCCGACAGCAACAUGCACGGAAGGCGAAAGGUGAACAAUGCUAAGGAGAAGGAACAGGAGUCGUGGAGCAGCAUGAAUUACGUGAGAAAUAGCCAAAUGAAUUUGGCUGGUAGGCCCGGCGCAGACGCCACGAUGGGACAUAGAACAUAUGCGGACGCGUCGCCAAACGAAAGCAACGUGGAUAGUGGGGGUGUCGGAGUGGGGAGGAGUCUGCACGCCGGUCCGGGGUAUGAGCAGGCGGGUCCCCCCAUCUACAGCCUGGACGCGGACGCAGGUCAUGUCGGCGGCCAGGUCGGCGGUAAUAUGGGCGCCCACAUCGGCGGUAAUUUUGGCGGCCACAUCGGAGGUAAUAUGGGCGGCCACAUCGGAGGCAAUGUCGGUGGCAACCUGGGGAACCGCGCUGGGGCGAACUUCCAGCACACGUUCCUCAACCCCAACGACCUCGGCGCAGCCAGCGCGCCCAGUGCUGUGCCACCCAGUUAUGUGAACGCGCACCCCGUAUGGGGCAGCAAGCGGAGCGAGUUCUACACGCCAAGUGAGGCCAAUCACGCCGCGAGCGGUGGAAGCUACCCCACGGCAGGUGGCCCCUUCCACUCCGGCGGGUCAAGUGCGAACCCUAAUUUUCACAGUACGAAUAAGGUUCCCAGCCAAGAAGGCAGAAAAGAAGGAAUGUACCCACACCAUGUUGGGCCGAAGAACGAAGCGCAGGGAGUAGACAACCGUCUGCACUUUGUGAAUGACAGCAUGUAUGAGCAGCAGGAUAUGAAGAGCCAUAGUCAUAGUCAAGGUCAGAGUCAGAGCCAGACUCAGGUGUUUAUCCCGUCGCAACCAUUUAAAGGAGAAAAUAGCAACAUGAGCUCCAGCCAAGUGAAUACAAGUGCCUUCUCCCAGUCGGAGAAAUGGAGCAACAGAACAGGUGACAUGCAACCGAAAGCCAACAAAGGAAUCAUGCAUAACAUAUUUGAAAGUCUAACGAACACAGUACAGGCAAAUGACCCGAUUAAUAAUAUAAUGAAACAGAGAGUUGCUAAUAUGGUUAUGAGUGAGAUUGAGAAAAAAAUUGAAAAUCAUGAUACCAGUUUUAUUGGAAAUAAGUUGGCACUGCUGAGAGGAUAUUUUGACGUCACUCAUUCUUAUGUCGUAAAUAAAAUUUUAUUCAUUCUCGUACCUUAUGUGUACAUACGGAAGGCUGUGUGUGAGUCCAGGACUUAUUAUGUGUAUAGCCACUUGGAGAGGAUGAUGGGUAGUGGUCGUCACGACAACAAGAGCUACACAUCAGCGUUUUCACUUAACAAGGGAGGUUCCCAAGGAGUGAACGGGGCAAGCAGCCUAGGUGGUGGCACCGAAGCACAGCGAGGGAACCCCGGGAGACAUAACUCAAACGAUAUAAACUACGUGGACUACAGCAGUAACAUGGGGAUUUUCAAAGCGGACUUGUACAUACCACUCAUGUCCAGCAUUACGUACAUCCUUUUGUAUACCCUAACAGUCACGGCUCAAAAAAAUAACUUCGUAUUUAACCCCGACAACCUAUUCAGCAUAACGUCCUAUGUCUUCCUCCUGCUAUUCUUCGAAACAGCCAUCAUUAAAUUUUUAUUUUUACUGACAUGUCGAGAUAUUAACCUCUCCUUUUUGCACAUCCUGUCAUUCAUUUCGUACAAAUUCGUUAUACUGUGUGGAUUGAUAAUCACAAAAUUUUUGUUUUACCUGUUGCACUUCACGUGUGCGUCUCUCUACGGGGUGCCAGAAGACAUGCUAGACAAGGGUGAGUUGGAUACGAACGUCUUAGCGAACAAGAACGCGCACAAUGCAUUCAAAAGCAUGAAUGCACCUCCCUCGUCGAGCUUUAGCCCCUACAAUGUGGUCCUCUUUCUAAAUAGCCGCACCAUGUACCGAUUGACGCAGAUUUACUUUUACGUCACAGUCAGUGUGCAGAUGAUGCAGCUCUUUAAGUCCAUUCACCUCUACGUCCACGAUAACUCCAGCUUGUCCAACCAUUUAAACAUCAAGCGGAUUAACAUUUUGAUUCUGAUUUUUUCUCUUUCCCAAAUUUUUUUGUGCUGGAUUCUGACUCCCUACUUCGCCUGA